GGUUAUUGAUUGUAAUGAUUACUGACAGCUGGGAAAGAGUUCAACACAGACAUGUGUUUUCAAAAGCAAACAUACUCGGCCCGUGUUUGUCUCUCUUUUCGGGUCAAUGAGCCCAAGAGGAGAGUGUGACAACAGUCAACUAAGAAUAAGGCUUGUGUUUACAGUACCUGACCAAUCGUGUUCUUUUCAGUGGAAUGCAUCAGCCUCACUGACUGCUCAGUGUUUUUUAGAGAAGUCUUCAUGAAGGACAUGCAGCGUGUCACUUUCUGUUGUUUGUCCUGAUGGAACCGACUUAACAAGACUUAAACUUCUCCAAAAUCGUGUAAUUAUUGUCACGUGAUUUUUGAUCCACUUCCACCAUUACCAAAACCGAACAUAACAGCUGGUCACAGGGUUUGUGGGUCGCCGUCCACAGAGCUGCCAUGCUGAGACGAGGCAGAAACGGCCGGGCUCGGCCUUGGGCCAGGAGCGAAACACGGCGAGAGACAGAUGCCAUGGCAAAAAUCCAGAUGAUGGACAGAGAGGACUGGGAAGACCAGAUCACGACGGAGAUCAGCGACAUGGAGGCUAAAGUGGAUUAUCAUGCUGUGAGUUCCCAGGCUGUCUCUGACGUGGUGGCCUUGUCCGGCACAGCGGCGUCGAUAGGGGAGUCGUUCUGCCAGUGUCAGCCACAGGAAGGGCUAAGCCAGGGAAUCGCUGCCAUAAGUGACUGCCUCUGUGGGGAGGAGGAUCAGAGUUUUGACUGGGUAUGGGACGAGCACUUCAAGACCUCCGGCGCCCUCCUCAGCGGUGACAACAGGAAAGUGAGCUUCCACUCCGACUACAGCUGUGGCACAGCUGCCAUCCGCGGCACCAAAGAGCUGACAGACGGCCAACACUUCUGGGAAGUCAAGAUGACCUCUCCGGUGUAUGGAACCGAUAUGAUGGUGGGAAUUGGAACAAAAGAGGUCAACCUGGAGAAGUUCAAGUACAACUUUGGUAGCCUGCUGGGCCAUGAUGAAGACAGCUGGGGGCUCUCCUACACAGGUCUCCUCCAGCACAAAGGGGACAAAGUGAACCUCUCCUCUCAAUUUGGGCAAGGCUCCAUCAUUGGAGUGCACCUUGACACUUGGCAUGGUACCCUGACCUUCUACAAGAAUCGGCAAUGCAUAGGUGUUGCUGCCACAAGGCUCCCAAACAAUAAGUUUUACCCGAUGGUGUGCUCCACGGCAGCUAAGAGCAGUAUGAAGUUGAUCCGUGCCUGUUAUACACCCACCUCCCUAAAGUACCUUUGCUGCGCCCGGCUCCACCAAAUGUUGCCACGUUGCCCAGACAUACUCAGUGCGCUGGAGCUGCCCCAAGGUCUGCGCACGCUCCUCCACUUACAACUGGGCUGGGUCUUCACCCUCAGCAGCCGCCCUGAGGCCUCGGAGCAGCACAGGAAGUUGCCUGAGGAAUUCCAUGAUGAGAUGAGCCUGCCUUUGAGCCCCAGCCCCACCCCGAGACCGGUAUCGCCCCUGAGUGCCUGCACCUCCCGGAGCCCCUGCACCAGUCCGUUCCCUGAAGCCGUCUCAUACCAGUGCCCCUGUCAGACGUCCCAUCGAACUCAACCUUGCAUUUGCCACUGCCCUCCCACUCCUCCCAGCAGCGACUAUGAUAGCUGCUGUUCAGAGCCGGAGGAUUACCAAUGCAAACGAUGCCGCUGGACAUGAGUUGAGGUCAAAACGUACUUCCAGUUGUUUGGCACACAGCUAUUCUACUAUUGCCAUCAAUGUCUCCUGACAUAGAUCAUGAAGAAAAGAGCGAUCUUAUCUUUUAGCCAAUAUUUGAGUUGACAUGAGCGAAUUGUUGCUUCUCUUUUAUAACUACAAAUUUUAUACCAUUUAAAUAACUUUGUCAAUGAAAUGGUAAAAGAGAGUGAGACUUUUGGUCAAGUUGACAUUUUAGAGUGACAUUGUGGUCAUUCAUUCUCAUUUUAAGCAAAUUUCUAUCUGGUGAUUCUUGGGUUUAUAAGAGCCAAAUGUACUUCUCUGAUUGACACACACACACACACUGAAAAUCUUGCGAAUGUUAACACUUGUCGCUCUCAGGAAUGGACUCCAGUGGGAGCGGAAUUGCUUUUUGAUACCAUGAAAUUACAUUUUUUUGCGCUUGUACUCUGUAACCAGCACUUGGCUUGAAUGUCAACAGCGGUUGUGUUAUUGCUUACAAGAUCAUUUGCUACUGUGUUUUUGCAGUUUAUGCUUUGUUUAUGACCUUUCUUACUCAAGCAAUUCUCUGAAAUAAAUGGAAAAAGGAAAA